AUGAUUAACUAUGUUGAAACUCCUAUUAACUUGGCAUUAUCUAGUCGAUCAUGGGCUCGUAUUGACAAAGAUCCGUAUGCUAAGACGGAAUGGUUAAUCCUACAUUAUGGAAAAGCUCAUGCAAAGUUCCACGCCGUUCGAUUAGGACCCUCUUUCAUCGAUGUAGCCGUUUGCCAAGACUUGUUUGCAAGAAAAGUUAUAAUAUCAAGAUACUUCAUCCAAAGGUUACUCAUGCAUUUUGGAAG